UCUACGGGACGAGACCUUUCUAUCUCCAAAUCCUGACUCUCAGUUACUUCAAAUAAUUAAGUGGACUCAGACCCUGGGUCCUUGUCUGACCUCGGAGGCCUCCGCCUGUAGGUGCGCCCCCACAUGACAACAGGUUUGUCAGUUGGGCCGUGGGGUGCAGAUCUCAGGACCAGUAGCAGAUUUGGGGUAGUUCAACGAAGUGUCCCAUCUGAUGGAGUUGGGGGAGUGCCAAAAACGUCUACUCAGCCUCAGUUUCCGUAACCUCCAAUCUCUGUGCAAGCAGUAUAACCUUCCUGCAAAUAAGAGCCGCUGGGAGUUAGCGAGCGAGCUUGCCAUGCUGCUUGAGAAGGAAAAGUUGAAUUCAGGACCUGAAUUGGAAAAAAUUAUUGGUUCUACGCAGGCAUCUCCUUCUACCUGUUCUGCUGUGUUAUCAAAUAUCAAAGAAGCAUCCAGAUGUGUGCAAGAGAACCACAAAAGAGACUCAUAUAGUGACCGAGGUGGUGAUGAUAGGCUUCAUGUAAAACAUCAAAAAGGGCUUCAAACACAAAUUGAUGAAGCAUUGCAAAGUGACAUUGGUGCCAGGAUGAGUCUUCCUCCAGUUUCUCUUAACAACGGAAAAUGUUCUGGACAAGGGAUUGCCCAAAAUGCGAAAUCUCAAAGUGCCUAUGGUAUUGCAACAAACUUAACACCUCCUGGACAUGCAAUCGAGAUCAACCAUGAUUCAGCUUCUCAUGUCAAGGAUAAAAUUUCUUUCGUAGCAAGUCACCCUGGUCUUAAUGGUGUUGUUGCAGAGCCUCACAGCUGUACAAAAGUUGGUGCAAAUGUUGUAGUUAAGGCUAUUGGCUCAACUAAUGAGAUAUCGGCAAAUGCAAAUGCAAAUGCAAAGGCAAAGGCAAAGGAAAAGGAAAAGGAAAAGGAAAAGGCGAACACAAACACAAAAGCUGCCCCUUUUCAGUUCUUUGUAAUGUCAGAAGAUGAGGGACUUGAUCUAGUUGUCGAUCUUAAUUUCAAUCCAGCAUCUUGGGUUAGGAGCUUCAACGAGGGAUUGAACAUUCCUCCAAGUACACAUCAAUCUGAAAAAGGCAUUUUGUCUGAUUCUAUAAGCAGCCUUGUGGGUAAGAAUGAUCAGAACACAAUUUCGUCAUUGGGUAGUAUCACUGUGGACACAGAAAACAGGGCAGCUGACAGCAUUGCUCCUCGCACCAAUUCAUCACUAGGUCCCCAUUCAACUGAUGGUUAUAAUUCUCACUCAGGGCCCCAUCCAGCUGACACAAUUAAUGUAAACUCAAACUCAUCUGCAUCCACAUUGCCUGGUACUUUUGCUGAAGUUUCUGGAUCUCAGGAGUGGGUUCCAGUGGUACAUUCUUCAUGUUUAUCGUCUGAUGUUCAGAACAACAUGCCACUUGGUAUGUUGGCUGGUACUUUGUGUAACAAUGUGCUUCCUCAAGAAUCUGUUGGUGUCUCAGUGUGGUCUGAAAGAAAUCAUGCACCUGCUGCUGAUGAUUCCAUACAAGCAACUACUAAUAAAGACACAUUUAGUCCUGGGUAUGAGGUUAUAAGCGACUCCAAUGAAAUCUCCUUUCCACUAUCUGUGGAAAAGGAAAUGUUAGAUGGUACUUCAGGGGUUCAGCCUGGCCACAGUGGUACAAAUGACACCCCAAAAGAGAAUGUACUAAUGGAAGCAGUGCCGAUGGAAGAAGAUAAUUGUAAUGCUGACAGAUUGUCAAGUCAAAUAGCAAGGCAGACAGUAGCCGAACUGCCUGUUACAGAUGCUAGUUCUGCAGAUUGUCGCAUUGCUGGGAACUUUGACCUCUCAGGCCCAACACCAUCCUCUGCUGCUUCGGACAAUGCUAUUACUCCCCUGGCUCUAAAGGAUGGUGCAAAGACAGCUCGUAGUCAUGAUUCUGUAGACAAAAAAGGGCCGCGUGAUACUGAGGAGUUACAUGAUGCACCUACCAGGAAUAUACUAUUCAGCUUAAGAAGUGCUUCUGCUAGACAGAAAAACCCUUCACCCAGACGGUCAGCAAGGCUUGUUCCAAAGUGAUUGCUAUAAAUGAUAAAUCACAGGAAUGAUAUCCAUUGCCAACAAUGCAUAGCUUAACUGCUGUCUUAGUCAAUUUCUAAGAAGAGAGUUGCAGUGAUACAGUUCUUGACAAGCUAGACUCCAACAUUCUCGUCAAUUCUAGUUGAUUCAUCUUGCUAGCAACUUGACUAGCUCUUAUACUUCUGUCAACAACUCAGUGCCACCAAAUGUUUUGCCUUUCUUCUGUUCUACAGCAUCUGUUAUACUUCACACCAAAUUGAACUUCUCGUAUACACCAUUGUACAAAGAAUCAUAAUUAUUAAGACAA